UACAAGCUGAAAUGCACUUCUCUUCUAUAAAUAAAUAAAUAAAUUACUUUACCAAAUAAUAAUCAUUGAUCUGCAGUAUAUGGCGAGCAAUAGUUGCAACAAAUCUUUCUGUAGCAACUAUAUGUUGCUAAAGCCAGAAGAAUGUAGCGUAUUAGAUUUGGCAAAACUUUUACUUUCCGGUAAAAAAUUGGGACAAAAAGACUUCAUCGACUGCCCUAAUGAAGAAAUGACAAAGGAGCCUUUGUCACGUAGAUGGGUUAUAUUUUUAUCCAUACUGGUCCAGAAGAUUUUACUCGCAACUGCUAAACCUUUAGCCGGAUUGGGCAAUGCCAUUGAGUACUGGCUUAACCUUCAAAACGUCAAUGGCGGAUUCUUCCGUCUUCUUUUCAAAUCCUUAAUAUGUAAAGCUGUAUCACCGGAUAAGGAAUCAGCUGCGUACUUGUCAUUUAUUGGGAAUUUGGAUAAAAGAGUUGAUCUGGAUUUUAGUAAGAAUGUUGGAGGACGUAGAAGAUAUGAUGAGGGAAUCAGCAUGAUGGCUGCAAAAGCAGCUUACGAGAACAAAGCAUAUGUUGAAACUACUGUCAACCAUCAUUGGAAGAUGGAUCUGGUGGGAUCAUUUGACUUCUGGAAUGAUUAUCAACAGAAAGCUACAACACAAGCAUUCGUGCUUCAAGAUAAAAGCGUGGACCCUGAGCUGAUUGUUGUUGCAUUUAGAGGAACUGAAUUCUUCAAUUCUGAUGAUUGGAUCUCCGACUUUAAUCUCUCUUGGUAUGACAUUCCCGGCAUGGGCAAAGUCCAUGCCGGAUUCAUUCAAGCUCUCGGCUUACAAAAGAGCCUGGGAUGGCCCAAAAAUAUUGUACAAACUGAUACUGAUCAUAUUAAUCAGCCACCUCCAGCCUACUAUUUCCUAAGAAAAUUGCUCAAACAACUUCUGGAGAAAAAUGAAAAGGCAAGGUUUUUAGUUACUGGUCACAGCUUAGGUGGAGCACUUGCAAUUUUAUUUCCAGCAAUAUUAGCAUUCCAUGAGGAAUCUUGGCUGUUGAAAAGAUUAGGGGGCAUUUACACAUUUGGUCAACCAAGAGUUGGAGAUGAAAGUUUUAUUGAAUAUAUGAAUGGACAAUUAACAAAACAUGAGGUUCCAUACUACAGAGUUGUGUACAGCAAUGACAUGGUACCAAGAUUGCCAUUUGACAAUUCUACUUUCUUGUUCAAGCACUUUGGAACUUGCAUCUAUUACAAUAGCCUCUACAGAGAAAAAAUUUUAGUUGAAGAACCAGACAAGAAUGGGUCGUUUCUGUUACUGUUUAUACCAAAGAUGCUAAACGCAGCUUGGGAGCUGAUCAGAAGCUGUAUUCUACCAUGUGUACACGGACAAAAGUAUCAGGAAGGCGGGCUUCUUUUAUUCAUGAGAGUGAUAGGCUUGCUAUUCCCAGGCAUGCCUGCUCAUUGUCCUCAGGAUUAUGUUAACUCUACCAGGCUUGGAUCAUCUGAUCAUUCCACUGAAGACGUUGCAAAGUAUCAAAAGAUUGGCAUAGUACCAGCAUAAUUAUAAAAUAAUUAACUACCCAGUGUGUGCUUUUUAGAAUUUCUUAUCCUACAUAUUAGUUUUUCCCUGCACCAAUGUAUUAUUAGAUAUUUAAUUGAUUUGAAGCUUGAAUCGAGUCCUUGGAGAACAAAGCGAAAAAUUCAUUUUAUCCAAUGGAAUAUAUACUU